AUGUGGCGAAAAAGACUGAUUCAACCUGAUCUACGACCAACCUUGCCUGCAUUAAGAUUUAAAACUUGUCGUCUACUUCCAGGAAAUGUUCGGAACAGAGAACUUACAAUAAUACAACGCCGCAUUCUCCGACGAUUGAGAAACAAGAAGAGAUCUAUUAAGAGAAAGAUUUAUCCGAGAGACAAUCUUAACAGUUACAUCCAAUCACAAACUACACGAAAGUUGCCCCUUUUUCAUGGGGAUUUACCCAUCACAGAGAUGCACAGAGGAACAGAACGAAAUUCAUAUAUCCUUUUUCCACUCAAUCUAGAAACAAGAUCGGACGUUAUUCCGGUUCGUCUCCAUUUUUGUGAAACUAUUCCUCAAGCAAGGCAGCCGAUAAGUCAUCGAAGGGUUUGUGUGAAUAAUAGAAUGGUAAGCAUUACUCAUUUGAAAGUGUCCCACGGUGAUAUAAUAUCUUUUCAAGAAAAUGACGCGAGAAUCCGCGGUGAAGAAAUAAGGAGAUCUUUCUAUAUCGAAAUAUCAGUUGAAAAAAUCAUAGGCAAAUUCCUGGAUCACCCGGUAAGAAUGUGGAGAAGAACCAAAACAGAAUGGUUCCACCUACUCAAAACUAAGAGGGGAUGCCGCCUACUACUAAAAUCCCGGUUUUUGCAACAGUUGCGUUCUUCUAUGCAAGAAGAAGACUUAGAAAGAACAAAGAAGUUUGGAUCCGAAAAAGUAUGCUUAGGCAGUUCCUUCGCGGAGCACAACAGAAUGAAGAGGAAUUUGUAUCAUUUCAAAUCCCUAUUCUUAUCGAAGAGAAGGAACGAGAAAAACCGAAAUCUUCCUACUCGAACAAGAAGUCCUAUAGUUUACAACUCUUCUUUAUAUAGUAAUUCGACCUAUUGCUCCGCAUCCCCCCAUCAGUUUACUAUGAAGAGAAGAAUCAAAAGGAUCGAACUACCUACUCAUUAUUCGGAGGUGAAUCAUAGAACACCAAAAGCUGUGGUAUCUUAUGGACCUAACAUAGGUCACAUCCCUCACGACAUAAGAUUGAAAGAUCCAAACCUUCCUCUUCGGAGCGGAAACGGACGUGGCCAAAACAUAUAA